GAAUGUUUACAUCCGGUUGAUAGUUCGUAGAUUCAGAGAAACCAGUUAAACAGAAAGUAGGUGAAUAAUAUACAUAGGAAACCCAAUCAUGAGUAAAACAUACACCAGUAAGCCAACAGUGACUAACGCACGAGGACGUGGAACGCGGAAGAAUAGCGAGGCGACUAGACCUACUGGUAGGGAAACUUCACCAACUCGCGCUCCACCACCUAGGCAACCUCUCGCAUCCCGAGGAAGAGGUCGAGGAGUUACUACUAACGGACGGGGAGGAGUUUCGUCGGUCAGAGGAAGAGGAAUGGAUGCCCCACAGCCGCCUCAAGAACAGGAUGAACCGCCAUCACAAGAGCAACGGGUGUCUUAUCAGGGAGGAUUCACAAUGAUAACACCUAAUGAGAAGAAACGUCAAGCCAUAAGUGAACAGGCCAGACGAGAACAGGAGCAGUACGAUAAUCACAAACAGCAACAGAAACUUGGUCAUGUCAGCUACGUUGGGACGCCGGGGGGCGGUCAGAUAACAAUGGCAGAAUCAAGGCAAAGGAUGAUUGAUGGGGAACGCUUUGGCAAGAUAGACAAACUGAAAAAACAGCAGCAGUACAAAGAUGAAAGAAAACGAAAGGAGGAGAGUGAAUUAGAAAAAAAGAAACUACAACAGAGAAUGAAGGCUGAGAGUAACAAACAGAGAGAGGCAAGCAGACAAGAACAGGACCACUUCAAAUAUGACGAGGACAGGAGGAGAAAAAAUGAAGCAUUCCUGAGUAAACUAGAAAGUCAAAGUCGACGGCCAGGUGCAUCAACCACAGGAUCAGUUAUAUCCAAUGAUAACUCUCCACUACGACUUGCUGGUCCCGUCACAUCACAAGACAGCCAGGAUCAAAGGUCAUAUGAAUAUCUACCAGCAAUUGAAAGGCUACAGCUUAACAACCCACCAGGAGGCCAAAGUUCACAGUUCACUGAUUAUGAGGCAGCAGAAGGUCAAAGUUCACAGCUGGAGACGUUACAGGCCAUGUUCCCUAGCUACAGCCCAGAAGUUCUCAGUGACAUUUUAAUUCAGACAGAUAACAAUGUGGACCAAGCAGUACAACUUCUCACUCAGUAAAAAGUAAAGUUGCAUGCAUAAUUUUGUAAUUGAAUGUAAAGGCUUUUAAUAGAAAUCUGAAACAUUUCAAUAGAAAUGGUUUACAAUAAGGGCCCAAUAGGAGAUAUGGAAGGUUCUGUUUACCUGGAGGAAACUUUCGCCAAAUCAUAUUUUCACCCUUUAUAGCUAAAACCUGUAUUUACCCAGCAUCAAUUUUCCCCCUUCACAUAACUUGUAUACUAAUAUUUGCUGUCAAUUUGGUGAAGUUGCCUUCAUUACAGAGGAAGAAAAAGGUGGAAGUUAAACUGUAGCAAACAUUUCUUGGCAUCCAUGCAGUAUUCUUUAAAAAACUACUCCUUAAAUUCAAAUAAAUUUAUUCCUGGAUGAGAAUUCAUGGAUGUAUAACUGUAGUUUGUGACUUUCCUUAUAGGGGGGAAGGUAAAAAUAAAAUAUAAACAAAAAAUGUUUUUCUCCACAUUGAAUAAGUGAAUAUUAACCUAAAUUAUUGCAAAUGGUCAUGACCAUUCCUUAUUUUUCACCACUUUUGCCUCUGAUUUGCUAUGACAUUUUCAUACUUCUCCAUUUCAAUCAGGCUGAUUAUUACAAAAAUGUACACAAAUGUUCCACUCAUGGCCCUGACCAUGUUUUGUUAUUCUUUCGAACCAUCUCCCUAUCAAAGAUGGCAUCUGUCCGCUGAAUCUUAUUGGCUGAGACUUGAACAGUGUCCUCAGUUUCUGUUAUGUUUUGGGUUUAUUCAAAAGUCAAAAUAACUACCCUGCCUUGUGAUGGUUUAAAUAUUAUUAAAGAUUCUCAAUUUGCACUUGAGAAUUUUAAUUAAACAUGUACAAAUGUGGUUUUUGUUGACCUUACUCAGUGUUAUUAUUAUAUUAAUGCUUUGGGUCGAAAACAAUUUGAGGUGGCAACCACAGUCUCAAGUUUGUAUAGCAAAUUUUUAUCUACUUGUCAAAUUUAAUAGAUGAGGAUAUAGGCCAUGUGGGCCUCUUGUUAUUGAACUUGGCCCUAUGGACCUCUUGUUGUUGUACCGAGUGAAAACCUUGUUGUAAAACCCUCAUUUUAUUCAUCACCUUGCUUACUUGCAACAUCUUUUACAGAUUUCCUUUUUAUACCAGCAUCAGAAUUUAAGUAUUUAAUAGAGCAAAAUCUGCACAGAACUACUUAGCAUGCUGCAUUUUGAUGGAUCAACAGCUUCUGCACAAUGUCUUAAUUUAUUUAGAUUAUUUGACUGUUUUUUAAUGAGACCUCAUCAAUAUUCAUGUUUUACAAAGACUGAGUUCAAAUUUGAGUUAAGUCUGCUGAUAAUUAAGAUGAGCUCUGAAUUAUUUGGCUAUUUGUGGAAGUACUGUAAACUGUGAAAUUUACACUGCAGUUUAGAUUUUCGCCCUUUCACCCUCCUUAAUGAGGGCGAGUUUAUCAUUACGUGAACAUUUGCAAACAACAUUACAUACAUAGUAAUUAAAUUUGAAGGGUUAAUUUAAAAUUUGGCAAAAUUGGAUUUUACCAUUAAUUAGGUCGAAAAUUGGAUUGGGCCAAAAUUUUCCGGUAUACAGUAAUUCAUAGAAUCUGAUGUAAUGUUAUCUCAUCAACGUUUCAAUACUUUGAUAUAUUGUGAUACAAAAAUACACCAAAGUUUGUUAUUUUGGCAUUGGUUUGUGUAUAAUGUUCUUCCUCUGCGGUACUUUUGUUAUCGAAACAAUUCUUAUCUCAAUGUGUCUGAACAACCUUUUAUAUCCUGAGCGUUUUACUGAACAUAUGUGGCAUUAUGACAAGGUUUUACUGAACAUAUGUGGCAUUAUGACAAGGUUUUACUGUUUACUUGUUACAUUUGUUAAAAGAUUGUUUUAUAAGUACAAAUGUAUAGUGUAUAGGCUGAUAUGUAUAUUCUGAAAUAUUUAUUUUGUCAAAAAAAAAAAAAA